GUGCGUGUAUAAAAAAAGAAAAAAGAAAUCAUUUCAUAUUCCCGAACACCAGUCGCGCUCACGAUUGUUUUGAUCACCCACCAAAAGUCGCUCACUCGCCUUUCCAUUUAACACAACGUCACUGUAAAGUCUCUACGUGGCACCUCGGGCACACUUAUAGCCCCUGUAGGAGUGUUCUUGGGGCCUGCGGGUCAUUGGUCAACAGGACGCUCGAGCAUCUCCGGCUGUAGCAGCCGCCUCCUUCUCUGCCACAAAACCCCGCACACGGCAUUCAAGCCGGAGACUUGGCGGACUGCACUCUCUCGUCAGGAGGAAAAAGGAAAAGCAACAUAAAAAAACUUUUGCUUGGGAGUGAGAUGGGCGGCUAUAGCUGAUCUUGGCGGCGGGCAUGCGAGAGAGACGCCGCAGCGGCGAGGAUCGCCCGCUCUGAACCGGAGGAGUCACCGGCAGAUGAUGUCCCGAUGUGAGAGUGCUUCCAGAGGAGACGGAGGAGAGGACGCAGGAGGAUGAAGAGCGGGGGAGAGGGAUCGAGAGCGGCAGAGGUGGAAUAUAAUGAAGUUGAGUGGGAAAGGGCUGUGCACCGUCCUCUCCAGCACCCUCCUCUUCGUGUGCGCCCUGAGCGAAGUUGUCGUUGGAUUAAGAUGCGUUUCGUUGGGAUCUACGGUGAAAGCGCAUUUCCACCUCGGCUCCACAGCCGGGGCUUUCUACUCCGGGCUACUUGUGGGAAUCGGGCAGGUCAUGCUGGGAACCGCGCUGGUGUGUUGCACGGACAAGCCCGGCUGCAGGAAUUUCUUUCUCCUCGGUGUUGUGGUCUUCUUGUUGGGGGUCCUCACCGCCUUCUCUGGCGCGGUGGUGGACGGGGACACGGCUUCUCUGGUGGAGAGGAAAUAUUCCCAUUACUGCUUCCACUCUGUGGUGUUGAACCCUGCCUGCGAGCAGCUGAGGGAUUACCAGCGGAGUUUGGUCAUCUCCACUGUUCUCAGCACGUUGGAGUGCCUCCUCGGGCUCAUCAACCUGGUGAUCAUCAAAAGGUACAAAACAGCGCAGUUUUCUAGGAGCAGACAGUGUCAGAGGCAGAGCGCCGGGGCGAUCAUCUUCAGCGAGGAGCGGGACUGCUCCUCGGCGGAUUUCCAGCCGGUGUCUUACAUCAACCUGGGUGUUUUUGGUGUGUUUGACGAGACAGGUGCAGAAGUGCAGUGCGGGGGACACCCGUCAAUCGAACUGCCGGGAUACUCGCCCACGGACCCGGAGCUCAAUCAUUGCUUCCCUUUCUCCUACCCGCUCCCCAGUGAACUGCCACCCGCAUACGAAGACAUUUUCCCCGCUGAGGCAUGCAACACAUAGCCGCUCUGGAGCAGCGCUUCCCUCUGCUGUGACAAUCAAUGACUUUACGCUUUAAAAAAACAACAACCCCUUCCUCUUCCUCCUCCAACAACCCAACAAAAAGCAGUAAGUUACACAGGAGGACGGCGGAGUGGAUUUUGUUUUCGCCUCAUUCCUUCUCACUUUUCUUUUACCUCUGCCUAUGCUUAUGUUCAACAUCAUCAAUCAGACUGAUGUAGAUAAACACAUCAUCCAGGGCCAGACAGUGCAGGCAGAUCAAGGCCCAUAAAACGCAACAGCUUGCUAAUAUAACAAAAAGCAGAGUUUGUGUUCUGAAUGUUUGCUGUUAACGUUUUUACCUGUGAAUAAACUGUAUUUAACCUCA